AACUGAAGUCAGAAACGGCGCUGACACAGGAAUAUCCCGGGCGCCUCUCUUCACCGCGCUGCGUUUCACCCUGGUUUCCCGUGCGCCGGCCGCUCCCAGUCCACCAGUCCACCAGUCCACCAGCCGCGCACCAGAGAGGCAUUUAUCCGACUUUGGGGUGCUGUGGCCGCGAGGGCGCUAAGGUGCGAAUUACGCGUCCGCCAUGUUGCAAUUGGCAGGCGACGGCGCGGCGCGUGCCCUCGUGGUGCUGGCGGCCGAUGGCUGGCGCUGUGACUGGUGCUGGCGGCAUGGAAGGAGGGCAAGUCGCCGACCAAAAACCCAUCACGACGACAACAAUGGCAGGCCCUGACGUCAAGGUCAAGCAGCCCGCCCCCAGAAAUCGACGGCGCCUGGGACGGUGAACGAGUCGUGGGCCGGGCCGGGUGCACUGCCACGACGCGGGCACGUGCAACUGUCAGCGUUUUACCUUUGGCUUCGAAACGUUAAAUCCCGCUAUCGCCCAGCCUGUCAAGAAGCCGUGGCCAGCCGCCCUUUUCGGCUCCCUCGUCCGGAUCGCGUGGUGCCAUGUGCGGGCUUGCCGUGGCCUAACAAGUGAAGCUGCCAUCAUCUCCGGGCGCCUUGGUCGAGCUGGCAGACACUGGCCAUCGCCGUCAGAAGUGAACCGAAAGCGAGCGACUGGGGUCGCCUCAAAGCGGACAGACUGACUGACGGUCAGAGACAGAAAGACAUACCACCAGCACCCAACACCCCUCACCAGAAACAAGAGCCGCAACCCAACAUGCAGCUGAAGCGCGGGGCCGCGGGGCCGGCCGCCGUUGCCGGGCUGGGUCUCGAGGCCAUGCCCUGCGAAAUCCUGCGCCUGAUCUGUGCCUGCUUCUCGCUCUCGCCCUACCAGGCCGGCGACACCUUCCUGCCCGACCGCUUCGCCGACAACCGCGCCGCACUGCGCCAGCUCUGCCUCACCUCGCGCCGCCUGCAGCGCGCCGCAGUCCCCUUUCUCUACGAGGUCGUCAUCAUCCACGGGCCCGGCCAGCGCCUACCGAAGCUCGACCUCAAGCUGCCUCCCAUGCUGCUGCUGCUCCGCUCCCUGCUGGCUGCCCCCCACGUGCGCCCCACCCUCCGCCACAUCGCCUGUCUCGUCAACCUCAAGGGCUCGCGCGUGUCCCGCCGCGAGCUCGAGGCCAUACGGAACCUAUGGAACUCGCACUGCCUGGGCAUCGCGGUUCCGUCGCUGGUCGACGCCCGCAUCCUACAGCUCGCCGGCCUGCCCACGCGCGCGACACCCGAUCCAACCGCCGCCGCCGCUAACGCAGAUGCCACCACCGAGACCGGUCCCAUACCAGAGGACUCGUCCCUCCAAGGCCUGCCUGAACGCAUCUUUGCCGCCAUCCUCUGCCUCGCUUCUAACCUGGACUCGGUGGUAUUCCAGAUGCCCCGAUGCUCCGUGAUACCGUCCAACAUAGAAACAAUACGGUGCGCCGUCACCAGCAACAUUAUUGACACGGCCCUGCAGGACGAAGUGGUGGGGUCGAGCGUGCUACAAAACCUGACCGCCGUCACGGUACAGCCCGACAUGGGGUCCUUUCUGUAUUUUGGCUGGGAUGACGAGCACCGGGACGACGAAGACGAAGACGACGACGGCGAUGAGGAAGAUCAGGAGAUCUGCAGGGGCGUUCGACUCGACGCAUGUCCGGGCCUGUUCAGGGCCCCAAACGUCACUGUGGUCGAGGGUUUCAAGGAAAGCGGUGGGUGGGAUGCGUUGCCGCGGCAGACGAGGGACAUAAGGAUAGGUGGCAUAUUGAAACCGACCACUCUAGGCACCAUUUGCGACUACCCGAACCUCGAGAGAUUAACGGUGCGACCCGCGGCCAUGGACAUGAUCAAGGCCGAGGUGGACGACGACGAAUUUAAUAAUGCGCUGCUGAAGCGCGCAUCAACACUCAAGUACUUGGACUUCCAGACCAUGGGCAAUGAGACCCUGACGUCAAAUUACGGACCCCAAAGGCGACUGCACUGCCUGCCGCGCCUGACGGAGCUCGAGGAGCUCAAGAUAGAGUUAUUUGCACUCUUCGGCACCUCGGAGGAGAUGGGCGGCGGCGGCGCCCCGCUCGCCGACCUCAUACCGCACAGCCUCCGGGCCCUGACCGUGCUGGAGCAGUGGACGUACGGCGACGCUGCCUGCCUCAGCGGCGACGAGGGCGAGGCCGAGGGGGGCCCGCAAGUGGCGGCGUACCGGCGGAGGCUGCUGGAGAUGCUGGCCGGCUUCUCCAAGGACUGUGCGACGCGGACCCCGCGCCUCGCCAGGUUCGGCUUCGUGGGCAACGCGCCGGCGCCCACGCCCGUCGACGACGACGGGCCCAUCACAAAGAUCAAGGGACGCGACUGCCCCGAGGACCAGGGCCCAUCCCCGGCCGAGUUUGAGCGGCUCAAGGCCCUGUUCGCAGAGGCUGGCGUCAAGAUGGAGCUAGAAAUGCUGGCCUGUCCAUAGCUUGUAUUAUUAAUCUUUUCUUGGAUUCCCCGCCCAUCAAUCUCUUCACCUGUGAGAAAUUAUCUGGCCUAGGCUUGGUAUUAUUAUAUUCAUUCCUCUGACAGAAUGUUCUUUACGACACCGGUCUAUCACACUCGUCGAAUCUUUUUGGUUUCAUCUCAGGGGCCUGUAUGCUGUGUUGUCAUGUUGGAGUAAUGCCCUCAGAUGAACUUCACAUUCACAUCCCGGAAAGCGUUCGAGACAACAGCCAACUCCCACUCCGGUUGGUCGGGGCUUCGAACAAACCUGACCUCGCGGAGGCUCCUGAGCUGGGAUGUGCAGGUGGCUGCGAUCCGGAGCAAGCAGCCCUCCAUCCAAUGCCGGUAUGAUUGAUGCGAGGUGCUCCAGUACCCAGCCAAAAGUUCUCUGUUCGGAUGCAUCCCGUGGGCUUCCCUAAUGUAUAGCCGCUCGAGCCCUGCGGGCAGCAUGCGGCCAAGGUUGGCCGGCAAGGCAAAGCUGGCGUCGCCGAGCAGAAGGGCCGCGUCAAUGCGCAGCUCCCGCAGGUUCCGCAGCGAUGGCAGACAGCGGAUCCGGCCAGGCGCGUCCCACCCCAAGAGCCAGCGGAGGGUGGACGAGGCUUGGCGGUGCGGGCCGUUCCCAUGUGGGUGCCGCCACGGCGAGGACACCUCCGGCAGCCCCAUGUCGAGGGUGAUGAGGGACGCGGCCGCGAGUGGGACGGCGCGGCUGAGGACGCCCGUUUCUGUGUCCUUGGCCAAGGCCACCCCAUUCCUCCCGUAAGCCCUGAGAUGCAGGUGCUUGAGCGCGGGGGACGAGAAGAUGCUGACCAUGUCGGCGCUCGUGAAGAGGCCGCCCACGCGCAGGCUCUCGACCCCGUCGACGUCGAGGUUCGGAGGCAGGCAGAUCCGGAGGCGGUCGAGCUCCACGGUCCGGACGGACGGCAGCCGCGUGAGGCUCGUGAGGAGACCGCAACCGAUUCUGCCGGCGGUCUGGCGUCCCCCCUGGGAUCCGCUGCUGGCAACGGACUGUCUCGCCACGGCAACUGUUUCGAGAUUACAGAGCAAGGAAGGGUUGAUGUCUUCGCUGUUCAGCGCCUGUUCGAGGAUCCCGGAUAGCUCCUGAUACGGAUUAGCGAGUGAUCCCGGGUGCUCCAUGGCAGGGUUCAUCGCGGCCGCUUGGACCGGAACCGCGAACGACGUGGACUUCAGCCGGGGGCAGAGGCAGAGGAGUGCGACGUAGAUGCGACCUCCCACGUACAGCUCCGUGGCCGGGGGCUGCGUAAGCGGGGACCCAUCCUGACCGCCCGAGCCAC